CGGAUUUGAGCUGGCGCGCCCGCCUGCCAGGACCUGGGCGCUCUCUCCUCCAUUCCCCGCCUGCCACUGAGUCUCCAAGGUACAAAGUGCAGCCCGGACGCGCAGGCGGAGCGGAGCUGUGCGGCGCAGCCCUAUCUCUCCCCGGUGAACACCUACAUGGAUUACCAGUGCCUCGCCUAGCAGGCUCCUCCAGAGCUCCCAGCUGUGCGGCCCGGUUUCUGCAGCCGAUAUUACACUGGGAGAUGCGGGGGACGGCGGAGUUCUCUGGGCAUUGCGAGCUUUAGUAAGGAUCGCUGGCUUCACGCAGCCCUCCCGGCACUUGAGCCUGCAAGAGAGCUGCCCGCGCUGCUAGAACUCAGAAUCCCCUAACGCACCACGGUGGUCCUAAGUGCCCGCGGCACUGGGUCCGUUUCCAUCGCUCCGAGUAUUUGCGUGGGCCCUUGUCCCCCGGCCAGACCCAAAGGGAGUCGGACCUCGCCAAGAACGUCAGGGCGCCAUCGGCUCACACAGCAUUUGGCAAGGACCAUCUACGCUUCAGGCUGGAGAUAACCAGCGCACUUUGGGAACAGAGACCCCUGGGAGCUUCAGCUGAAGGUCUGAUGGGCUGGUGGGGGGGUAGGGUGCCCGGAACAGCGCGGUAGGUGGGGAGCUGGAGUCCGUCCCAUGACCCAGGAGAGAGCAGCAACUGAGGUAAACUGAGAUGAACUCCAGACACCUAUGUUUGGGUUCGCUCCAGUCCUUGGCUGGACGGGAUGGAGCGGAAUCUAGACCCUUGGCUGGCGCCAGGCGGCGGUGAGCGACCAGCCAGCAGCCGGGUGCCCACGGAGGGCUCGGUCGGACAGCGGGAGCGCCAGGAGAGCGCUCGAGUGCCGGCAGCCCCCCUGGUGCCCUUCAGCUGGGAUGUUUCCCAAUGGCACCGCUUCCUCUCCUUCCUCUUCUCCUAGCCCCUGCCCUGGCAGCUGCGGCGAAAGCGGCUGCAGCAGGGGCCCCGGGACGGGCUCUGCGGAGGGCAUGGAGGAGCCGGGACGAAAUGCGUCCCAGAACGGGACCUUAAGCGAGGGCCAGGGCAGCGCCAUCCUUAUCUCUUUCAUCUACUCCGUGGUGUGCUUGGUGGGACUGUGUGGGAACUCCAUGGUCAUCUACGUGAUCCUGCGCUAUGCCAAGAUGAAGACGGCCACGAACAUCUACAUCCUGAACUUGGCCAUUGCCGACGAGCUGCUCAUGCUCAGCGUGCCCUUUCUGGUCACCUCCACGUUGUUGCGCCAUUGGCCCUUUGGCGCACUGCUUUGCCGCCUUGUGCUCAGCGUGGACGCGGUCAAUAUGUUCACCAGCAUCUACUGUCUGACCGUACUUAGUGUGGACCGCUAUGUGGCCGUGGUGCACCCUAUCAAGGCCGCCCGUUACCGAAGGCCCACUGUGGCCAAGGUGGUGAACCUGGGCGUGUGGGUACUAUCGCUGCUCGUCAUCUUGCCCAUCGUGGUCUUCUCACGCACGGCGGCCAACAGCGACGGCACGGUGGCCUGCAACAUGCUCAUGCCAGAGCCUGCCCAGCGCUGGUUGGUGGGCUUCGUGCUGUACACGUUUCUCAUGGGCUUCCUGCUGCCCGUCGGGGCCAUCUGCCUGUGUUACGUGCUCAUCAUAGCCAAGAUGCGCAUGGUGGCCCUCAAAGCCGGCUGGCAGCAGCGCAAGCGCUCGGAGCGCAAGAUUACGCUGAUGGUGAUGAUGGUGGUGAUGGUGUUUGUCAUCUGUUGGAUGCCUUUCUACGUGGUGCAACUGGUGAACGUGUUCGCUGAGCAGGACGACGCCACCGUGAGCCAGUUGUCCGUCAUCCUUGGCUACGCCAACAGCUGCGCCAAUCCCAUCCUGUAUGGCUUCCUGUCGGACAACUUCAAGCGCUCUUUCCAGCGCAUCCUGUGCCUCAGCUGGAUGGACAACGCUGCGGAGGAGCCGGUCGACUACUACGCCACGGCCUUAAAGAGCCGCGCCUACAGCGUGGAGGACUUCCAGCCCGAGAACCUGGAGUCCGGAGGUGUCUUCCGUAAUGGCACCUGUACCUCCCGGAUCACUACGCUUUGAGUCCCCCUUGAGUCCCGGCCCUGCGGGGCGGGAGAGAGUGAGGAGGAGUGGCUGGGUGGGAGUGAAGAAUAGCCCGGCACUAGGGUGCGUGGGAGUCAGGCGAGUCUGCGCACCUGCUAGGAAAGUCCUGUGCUCAGCUUGUCAACUUGCAAGACACUCCUGCUGGCCCCCCUCCCUGCCCCCAUUUCUCCCCCACUGCGCUUGCUCCUUGGAACCUCUCUCUUCUCCACACCCUGUAACUUCAAUCUUCCCUCCCAGACUUGCCAGUGCAUACCAGGAACUUCUUAACAUCGCCAACUCAGACUCAGUCUGGUCCUCGCCCCCUCUAGCCCUUAUUUCCGUUUGUUUAAUUCGAGCUACAGUUACCGCCACGGGUUUACCUUGGGUGAGUUCCCAUCUCGUCCCCAGGGCCCUGGCAGCUAGGCCAGUGUCAGAAUCUGCCUUUGUUCUUCUGCGCAGCCUUCCUUUGGAGACCCCAAGCUGGAGGGUGACGCGGGAGUUGGUAUUUUCUCCUACCCUUGGUGAAAGCACGUCCUUCCCUGAGUCCUUCCAUCGCUCCCUCUCCCCCCAGAGCAGAGCCAGAUGCUUAGGAAAACCGAUCCUGCGCCUGGACUGGGCGCAGGUUCAUCCCCAUCCUCCUUUUGGAGCAAAAAGGAGCGGAGAACAAGAUAAAUUUGUGGAAAAUUCACGUAGAUGCCACCCUCCGGAAGGGGACGGGGAGGCGCUAGGUUGCAAAGUCCAAGCGCAGGGCGCUUCAGUGCUGCGCGGGGUCCCAGAUAGGUGCAGGCCCGCGCACUGUGAGGGGCCGCAAUGCUGCUUGACUUUGUCCCUCCCCCACAAGUUUCUGGAAGAACCGACCUAAAAAUAACAACAGACUGGAUUUCCUUCUCUGGUUCAUAUAGAAGCUCUUCACAGAGGCCAAGACUUGGAGUGACAAGUUUAGAACCUUGCCCAAAGCUAGCCCUGUGGACACAGCCUGCAGGCUCCCGGAGUUGAGCACCCUGGCCUGGGCAGGGGGCCGGGUAGCUGCCUUUCAAGCGGUGCCUAGUGUUACUUCCUUGUUUUAUUACUUAUUUAUUUAUUUGUGGUGUUUUGAAAAAAUGUUUCUGCUUCUGUUUUCUCUACUUGCCUAACAGGGUGUCUCUUGGGGGACCCUAGGAAUGCAGUGGGAAUAGAGGAAAUCUGCCUUCCCACUCCAAAGAUUCCUGAAAACCUUUUCUCUUUGGGGCCCCGCCUUACCCUUUCCUCUAGCUUUCUGAUUUUUGCCUGUGUCUAGUGAAGUUGGAGAUUUUUCAUACUUUUCUUAUUGUAGUCUCUUGUCUUAUAAUAAUGAUAAAUAAAUGAUAACAUGGGUUAGCCUACUCUCCAUGCAGUGUGAAAGUCAUGAAUUCUUGACAUCCUAGGAUGUGUGUGUAUAUGGUGUAUGCACAUAUAUAUCUUUGUUUAUCUUGGUUCACUGUCACUAGUCUAUGAAACAAUUUCAAUUCUGCCCCAGAAAUGUGAGUGUAGCUCAAACACUCAUUUUCAGGGGUUCAAGUACCACUGAAACCUGUAGCUGAGAAAUGUAAUUUGGAAACUUUAAUAACUGUCCCUGCAUCUUCUAGAUUCCCUCAGAGGUAGUUCUUAGAUACAUCUAGUCAGCAGAGUCACUUCUUUUGAGAAUAUCAGAUAUAAAAUAGUGUGUGUCAACAUCUAUUCUUAAUACCAUUCUGGAACUCUGAGCAGGGAGGGAUUAACAAUUUUGUUUCUUUCUAUAUCCCGCAUUACUUUGGUAUGUUGGUUUGCAUAUAGGAGACAUUGUACACAUGUCUGUCUGAUGGUUGAUUAAGUAAUCCAGUUUAGUUCAAUGAUCCUGAGAUAAUCAAUCUUGGGUUCUCAGAUUCUGUCAUUAAUGUGACACACAGUGUUUGAACGCAAUGUUGAAAAUAUGUUUUGAGUACAUUUGCUUCAAGAACAUCAUACUUUUCUCAAAGCAGUAACCAAGAGUUAAAAUGUCUCUAAUGUUUUGUUUAAACAAAUGAACAAAUGUGCUUUUGAUUACAAAUCAGUUUUGAUCUGUCCCUUAAUACUAAUAUAUUAGUAAUCUUCUGUUAAAUAGAUUUUAAUAGUUAAGGACAGUAAAUUUUACAAAUUGAAAUCUCCAAUCUUAUCCUCUUAACAGAAUACAAUUUUGUGCUCUUAAACUAUCACCAUUGUAAUAUUAACUAAAUAAACAGAAGUAUGCUGUU